UGAAAACUUCAAAUUCUUUUGGGCUGUCAAGAAAAAACAUCAUCACAUCACACGUAAAUACAAAAUAGACGUCCUAUACGGGCUGAACUAGAUCCUAACAAUGGCAGAACAACUGGACGAUAAAGAGAUUCAAGAAAUCCUUAAGACAGGCACGGACCUGCGACAAUAUUCCCGACAAAUUGAAAAGGAAUUCAAAGAUGUGGAAAACAAAUCAAUCGAAGAUUACAUCAAAGAAAGUCAAAACAUUGCCAACCUUCACAAUCAGAUCGGAAAUUGUGAUACCAUAUUGGAGCGAAUGGAAUCGAUGUUGUUGAACUUUCAGAAUGUCUUGUGCAACAUCAGCUCUGAAAUAACUACCCUACAGAAGAAGUCAGUGUCGAUGUCAGUUCAACUGACGAAUCGACAAUCGAUUCGGGCUCAACUAUCGCAAUUCAUUGAAGAUAUGGCCAUUCCUGAAGAAUUAAUCACAACAAUAAUGGAAUCGCCGGUCACAGAAAAGGAUUUUAUCAUUCAGUUGAAUCAACUGAAUCACAAACUAAAUUUAGCCAAAGAGUUGAGCUUCAAGGAAUCGAAAUCGGUGGACGAUGUGAAGGACGUUCUACUCAAACUGAAAAUAAAGGCGAUGUCCAAAAUUCGAGUGUAUCUGUUGGAACAGAUCUACAAAUUUCGGAAGCCAAUGACAAACUACCAGGUGCCGCAAAAUACAAUGCUAAAGCACAAGUUUUUCUUCGAAUUCAUAUUGAUGAACGAGAGACAAGUGGCACAAGAAAUUUACUCGGAGUAUGUGGAAACGAUGAGUAAAAUUUAUUACAGUUACUUCAAGAGCUACUCGUCUCGCUUGGCUGCACUGAAAUUCGAAGAUGCCGUCACAAAAGAUGACCUGAUGGGCAUUGAAGACACCGGUAAAACCAGUAUUUUCAGCAAAGCAUCUGCACUGAGAAACAAGAGUACAAUCUUCACAAUUGGCAGUAGGGGCGACAUUUUGAAUCAGCAACUUGAAGCUCCUAUCUUAGUGCCGCAUGCGCAGCAAAAGAACAGAUACUCGUAUGAGGCGCUGUUUCGAUCCGAACAAUACGCCUUGGUGGACAAUGCUUGUCGUGAGUACCUUUUCGGAACAGAAUUUUUCAUGGUUCGUGGUGCCCAGGCACAGGAUUUAUUCAAUCAAAUUAUGGGAAAAACAAUGACUUUAAUGAUUAAAAAUGUUGAAACCUACAUUCAGGACUGUUACGAUACGAUUGCCAUGUUCCUUUGUGUCCAACUCAUACUACGCUAUCAAAUUAUGUGUCACAAGCGAUGUGUACCAGCGUUGGACAAAUAUUGGGACUCUCUUCAAGCGGCGAUAUGGCCUCGUUUCGAGCAAAUUUUUCGAAUGAAUACACAGAGCGUUCGAGAAUGUGAUCCCACCAAAUUCAACAAGGAAACUGGUCCUCAUUACAUAACCCGUCGCUAUGCUGAAUUCUCGGCAGCAAUUGUCGGCAUAUCGGAACAUUUUCCAAACGAACUGGUGAGUCGUCUGCUGCUGGAACUACAGAACGAGGUCGAAUGUUUCAUCUUGCGAAUGGCGGCGAUAUUCCAGACGCGCAAAGAGCAGUUAAUUUAUCUGAUAAAUAAUUACGAUCUGGUGCUCGGCAUCCUAAUGGAACAUACGCGCGACAAUUCGAAAGAAGCCGAAAAUUUUCGGGAACAAUUAUCCAAUCGAAGCUCAGAGUAUGUCGAAGAAAUAUUGGCACCGCAUUUCGGCGGAAUGAUUCAGUUUAUCAAGGAUUGCGAGCAAAUGGUUGAAAAGGAACAGACCGACGAAUUACGGCGUCAAGAACGACGGUCACUGGCAAUAGUAUCCCAAUUUUCAGCAAAUUGGAAAAAAUCAUUGGAAGAACUGAAUCGCGAGGUGCUGCUAUCAUUCCCUUCUCUAGUAACCGGUUCAUCGCUGCUGCAAUUGGCAUUGGCGAGCUUAGUGCAAUAUUACCAGCGGUUUCAUAAAUUAUUAACGCCCAAUGCCCGAAUGCAACUGACGAACAUUCAUGUGAUUAUGGUGGAAAUCAAGAAAUACAAAAGCAACUACUGAUCCCACGGAUGCGAAUCUCAAAAGCGAUGUGAUUGUCUAACAAAAAAUAAAUAAAUCAAAUUGUAUUCACCAGACAGGUUA